CUAAGCGUAAUGAUUAUUCCUGUCCAAGUCAUUAUCACCAUCAAUAUUUUUAUUUAAAGUAUGAACCCCUUCGCUACUAUACCCACCAUUGGCCCCAUCAAACCCACAUAAUUAACUUACCUUUUCAUUUGACUCAUCGAACGAGUUCCUGCUGAAAUUCCAUUGAGCCUAAUGUACCUCACCCACACGUUUACAAAAGCAAUUAAGCCAGGUAAACGUCACGCAGUGGAUUCUUUAACAGACCAUUUAUCUGUCCCCACGUGUCUUAACAUCAGUCCACAGUCACGUCUGCUCCCACUCUCUCUUGGCCUUAAAUAUUCUGCUACAAUUCUAGACCUAUAGUCAGCAUCAUGGGAAGAGAAUGACAACUCCUGAAACCACACGUGUCACAACCUAACAAAAUAUCGGUAUUAUGUAAUUGGAUCUGCCUUGGCAAAUCAGCAUCUUAGCUGACGAUACUCGCAUCUUGAUCAAGAUCCUACCGUCAACUUGCCCAUCCAACGGCUCACAUUUCUCUAUGUCAUGCCCAACCCUUACCAUUUGUGGACGUGAGAUUGUUUUUCUUACAAACCACAGAAACAGAACCAAAACUAGGAAAUCUUCAGGCAGCUGAGUUCUAGAGAAGGGGAAACCAAAGAAAAAAAUGAACCAGUUGUUGGAUUCUCCGCUCGAAGUUUUAGCAUUUAACUACGUAAGUUUUGGGAUUUUCACGAUUGUUAAUCAUCUAUGGACGUGGGUCGCUGUUAUAUUCACUGCUGCCGUUAGUUUUUGGACGAUCAGAGCCACCGGCGCUGCCACCUCAUCAUUUUCGGUUAAAAGUCAUGAUCCAAUGCCGUCGACAUCCAUUAUUGAUCGAUCAAAUCCCGAAGCUGGAGAAAAGCCGACCGCUUCAGCUUUUGUUUCAACUCCAGCUUCCGUUAGGGAAACGAGCUGUGUUUCGCAGUUAGUUUGCAACGAUGGAGCGACGAAAGGAGGGAAGUUCAAGUUGACAGUUUAUUACGAGGAUGAUGGAGAGAGUGACGAAGAUGGUGAAAUGACGGAGACGGAAUCGAGUAACGAAGGCGACUAUUGUAAGGGAGGGAGUAGCGGGGAGUGGUGGGAGAGUUGGGAAAGAGUGUUGAGCUUGAGAAAAGGGGAAAGAGGGUGGAAUCGUUAUCAAGAUUUGACGGCGAUAAACGGCAACGUUGUUAGGUUAUGGGAUGAAUCAUGCAGGAGAAGAAGGUACAGCACAAGCUGUGCUGUCUGGUAGUUGGUGUUUUUUAGGAAUUUAAUGCAGUUUGGUAUAAUGUUUUUUUUUUUAAUGUCUAAUGACUUUUGGUUUGAGGUUGUGGAAACAUGGAAAUGUAAAUAUUUUUGUUGGAAGGAACAACCAUUGAAAAACCAUCUGAAACUUCAUCCUCUUCCUCGCAUGCUGAUUUAGGUAGUUCUUGAAAUGGUAUGGAGUUUCAUCUUCUUUAUGACUUAAAAAUGGCAAAUUUAGGUCAUCAUGCACAGUCGAUUAAUAAGCGAAAGGUAACUGUUUUUAGGCAUCUUAUUUUGUUACUAGGUAGCUACUAUGGUUUUCUGAUCUUGUUAGUUUAGAAUUUAGGACAGGAAAAAGAUCAUAGAGCUCAGUCUCAAAGGCGAAAGUGAAGGCUAGUCGAAUAGCUCAGAACUCAGAUGGCAGGAGCUGCCCUUUCGUCACGGAAACAAACACACACACACACACACAAAUAAAUAAAUAAAUAAUACCCAUUUUCUAUAGAAUAACUGGCAGCUUGCACGAUGAGCAUUUUCUAAUGUCUAAUAUGGGUUUGGUUCAUUGUUUGGCUGUUCUUAAGCUCUAGAAUCUGGGGACCCACACCCUAUUUUCCUCACCUUAUUAAUUACUACUAACAAUUAUUAAUACCCGUCA